CUGAGCGCCAUCCAUUUAUCAACGAGUUCAUUAAAUUUGUUGAUGAUGUUAGAGAAUUUAUUUGCACUCAUCCUCAACAUAUACCAGUUUAACUGCAAUCUUGCAGGUGUUAGGCAAGAUGGACGUGCAUCAUACUUCUUCCAUAGAAGUUUUGAGCCCUACAUCAAUGAGAAUGAUGUAAAUAACUGCUGGAAGAAAAUUGGAAGCCAUAGAUCCAUCAUCCUGGAUGGAACACUGACGGGUUGCAAGGAAGUGUUUGCCCUGUAUGCAGACAUGCCGAGUGAUAAAAGAUCUCAGGAAACUGAUUGGAGAUUACAUCAGUAUCAUUUACAAAACACAGUGAAGACAGAGUCAGAGAUAGUGGCGUCGAAAAUAUUCCUUGCAUCACGGAACAGUCUGUGUGAAUUGGCCGAGGAAACUCAUAUUGAAUCCGAACGGGCAAAUGAUACAGCAACAAAUAAAACAGUUUUUGAAGUUUUUCAGAAAUUAUGGUAUGGAUCGAGGGGCCCUAGCUCACAUUUUGUUCCUGUUUGUGAUCAGUAUCAUUUCCUCAACGGUGUUAGUGAUGCAUCGUCUCAGGUUGGGAAUUUCUAG